AUGUCAGGAAUCUUCAUGAAGUCAAAAGAUGCCGAGGUGGUGCAUAUCCGGGCUGAGAGGAGCAGAAAGCCAGAGAAUGGGACAGAAAUCGGUGCCCGAACGGGUCAUUGCAGCAAAAAUCUGCUCCCGUCCAGAGUCCCUCCCAGUAAUGAUUUUAAAGUGGGACUGAAAGUGAAGGCUUGUGACCCGAGGAAUUCCAGCUCAAUGUGUAUCGCCACGGUGAUGGGGUUAAUGGGUGUGAGUCUGCGGCUCAGACUGGAUGGCAGUGACAGCACCAAUGACUUCUGGCGACUGGUUGACUCCUCUGACAUUCAACCUAUCGGCACGUGUGAGAAGAGUGGAGACAUGUUGCAGCCACCACUAGGGUUCAGAAUGAAUGCCUCUUCAUGGCCCAUGUUCCUAUUAAAAACAUUAAGUGGGGCAGAGAUGGCUCCAGCUUCAGCCUUUAAAAAGGAGCCGCCCAAUCCUACUCAGAGCUACUUUAAACCUGGUAUGAAACUGGAAGCAGUGGACCGAAAGAAUCCUUACCUCAUCUGUCCUGCUACCAUCGGAGAGGUGAGAGGGGACAAGAUAUUCAUCAUGUUUAAUGGCUGGAGAGGAGCGUUCGAUUACUGGUGUCAGUAUGACUCCAGGGACAUCUUCCCCGUGGGCUGGUGUCAACUGACCAACCACAGUCUGCAACCUCCCGGGCCCGGCAACUGCUUCAUUUUCCCAAAGACUGUUAUUCCGGCACUGGGCCAGUCCAGUCAGUUUUGGCGCCCCAUGCAGUCCCCGUAUCACCUGCCGCACCCCCUACCCCCUCUGCCAGUGCGCAAGGGGGUACGAGGUAGGAGACCCAAGAGCCAGACCAUCGCCAUGCUAAAAGCAGCAGCCGAGGCAGCAGCAGCAGCAGCCGGCACGUCACCGAAUGGCCAAACGCAGUCCAAUGCAGCCAAGAGUCCUAUGAGCUCACCACUCACACCCAAACCAUAUAAAAAGCGAGGACCCAAACCCGGCAGCAAGAGGAAACAAAAGGUUCCUCAUUCACUUUCAAGCCCCACGUUGUCGUCCUCGGUGUCAGACGGGAGACUGUCUAGUCUGCAGACAACAAGAGACUCAGGAGUUGUGUCUACAGUUUGUGUGUAUGUGAACAAACAUGGAGACCCAGGGCCGCACCUGGACCGUAAACUGUUGUUGCAACUGCCUGAUCAUUUCGGGCCGGGUCCCGUGAACACGGUUCUCCAGCAUGCGGUCCAAGCCUGCGUGGACUGUGCGUUUCACCCCAAAGCUCUGUUCAGCUUCCUGCACUCUCAGUCUGACGGCGGGGAAAUCAUCAGAGUUCGCUCUGAAGGAGGAAUACACUACGUCAAGCUCCCCACUGCCUCCAGUGCAUCAUUCGUUCUGCGCUUUCUAGAAACUCUGUGUCACCACCUGCAUUGUGAUAACCUGUUCAGCAGCCAGCCGUUCAGUCCACUAACUACUAACACACACACGCCGUACGAAAGGAGCAAAUCAGUGAAAGAGGAGACGUCAGAGGCUUUGUCUGUAGCACGAGGUACGAGACGUUUCAACAGAGAUUCCACUACCUACACCGCUGCCCUGUCACCGAAACUACAGAGAACAGAAGCUUUGCCCUUAGACGAAACCAUCACCCAUGCUGAAAAUGGUGCCUCCACAGACCAGCAGUUCUCAGUAGAGUCAAUAGACUCAGCCUCCAAUUCGGUUGCCCCCCGGCCCCCCGCACUACGGAGCACGUCUGAGUAUCACACCCCGACCAGAAGCAGCCCGCACUACCCCCCUCAUCCCCCACCCCUCCGCAGGCUCUCCUCCAACCCCUCUGAGCUGGGACCUGCACGCGCACACAGACGAGUGGAAGGUAGGCUAUCUGCUAGCUCAACCACUGGGCCUGAUCAUCAAACAGCAGAGAAGGAUCCGACCAAAACGUCUAGUAAGAGUCCGUCAUCCUGGAGUAUAGAGGAAGUGAUGCAAUUUGUGCACGAUGCUGAUCCACAAGCACUGGGCCCACACGCAGAGCUCUUCAGGAAACACGAGAUUGAUGGCAAGGCCUUGAUGCUUUUACGGAGUGACAUGAUCAUGAAGUACAUGGGGCUGAAGCUGGGUCCUGCACUUAAACUUUGCCAUCACAUUGAGAGACUCAAACAGACAAAAUAGUAGCUGGAAUCUUCUGAGCAAAAACAGAGGAUCCACCAGAGGGCAAAAGGAAAGCACAGGUUCACUCGAUUUCAGAGUCGACAUCACAAACUUCACUCAAGAUAAAUGGAUAUUUAUUACCCGUGACACUGAUGGUCAAAGGUCCAACAUGCUGACCUACUUCACCUGUACUCCAUUCCCGCUUGUUUAAACGGUGGGGAAAAACUGAUCAGCCAAAUAUUUUUGUUUUUGUGGCAAAAACAAAUGCAAAAUUUAACAUCACCAGACUGACUUUUCAAAGCUACCUAACUUUGCAUGGACAUUGUGUACAACUAUGUACAAGAAUGUUCACUGGCUCUCAUCUAGAAACAAAUUCAGUGUAAAACUGCAGCUACAGACCUCAGUACCUCAGCGAUACAAUGCUCUGCAUAUACAGACAAUGGUAGAGAAAGCUGAAUCCCAAAGGAUUUCAUUGUGUUAUGUAUUGUUUCUGGUACUGUAUACAUGCACAGAUAGCUUGACAAAUGUUCACUUCCACUGUAUUUUACCCUCCGUUUAAGUCUGAUUAAGAUCCAUUUGAAAUACACUUUGGACAUUGACUAUGAAGGGUUUUGGUGCCGGUUAAUUAUUUCACCAUUUGGCAUAGUGUUUAAUUAGUUAUUUAAUUUUUUUCCUGUGACAUUGGAAUGGAAACACACAAUCGUAUUUCAAAAUGUCCUGCUGUUUCAUAAAGUAACUGAGAAAAAAUAAAAAUGUUUUUAAGUGAUGUAAACCAAAAAUGGUUUUGUUAUGGUCCACAAAAGGCACCAGUUUUAAAAGCACAAACUUUUAGUUCUGACUGUUAGUGAAAACGCCAUGACUAUUGCUGUUUAACUCAAGAUAAUUACUCAGGACACUUGUACAAUAAGUUUUCAUUUAUAUCAUAUUUUGUAAAAACAGUCAUCAUGUCUUUUCCCUCUAAAAACUGACUAUAUUAAUGACCACACCAGCACUUCAGGUGACACCCAUGAAGUGGACAUAGUGUCACAUGAUCCUGAAAUUCAGAGGUUUAUCUGCAUGGUGAAUGAUGAUGAUGUACGGAGCAAUCCCAUGUUUUUUUUUAAUGCGUGUAUCAUACGAAUGUGUAUUUAGUUCAGUAUUCUAUCCUUCAGUGCAUUUUUUUUAAUUCUUAUUUAAUAGGUAGAAACUGCUUUUUUUUAGCACAUUGUGUCUGUUUAUAUCUUUUAUAAUGGAUUUUGUGACUUGGGGGAUGGAGCAUUUUUGUUAUGAUACACAUUUAUAUACAUAAUUUUUUAGCUCCU